AUGGCUUCUAACCAAUACAUGGAGAUACCCUUGCUUGUUGUCAUACACGCCUUAGUUGAGGCAGAGCAGCCGACAAGUUUCGAAUUCUACCAAAAUGGCAAUCUGAAAGAAAACGAUGCGGUAUUUUUGUCAUGUUCUGCGAAUGUUGGAAACCCUGGUGGAUUUGUUGCUAUAUGGAAGCUGAAUAAGGCAUCAAAUCAACCAAUAAUAUUGAAUAAGUCAAGUGAAAUAAAUGAAAAGACGGAGAAUUGUACGGCGGUUGCAAACCUCAACAUAACCUACAUUGUUUCCCGCGAUGACAAUGGUGCGAUUUUCCGAUGUUAUUCACAAAAUAGACAAACACAGGAACCUGCUCCUUAUAAAGACACAGCAGCAAUAGAUGUUCAAUAUGGCCCUUCCAAGGUUACAAUUAAAAGUUCGUUUUCCCAUCGGGAUUUAUUUACUGGAGCAAAUGUUAAUCUCACAUGUGUUGCUGAUGGAAAUCCAGUUCCCAUUUUUACAUGGAAAUUUAAAACCAGAAACGUUCUUAGUGAUGAAAGACACUAUUUUACUCUGGACAACAGAACCCUUAUUCUUAAGAAAAUGGUUUUCAACGACAGUGGAAUUUAUUCAUGCUUUGCCUCAAAUUUAGUAGAUGGAGAAAUGCUGAAGAUAUCAUCAAGUAUUUCUCUUAAAGUCAAUGAAAAACAAAAAGAAGGCCAUCAUUCGAAGGAAAGUAAUACUGGACAUGCACAGUAUGAAGUUUUGAACGUAGCAGAAGCAACGAAUACAACAGGAACAAGUGGUACUGAGAAUACAAGAUAUGAAGUUUUGAUUUCCAGGGAAGAAACGCGCAUAUUAAGAGAAAAAAAUGCGAUGAACACAGAGUAUGAAGCCUUGAAAGGAGAGACGAGUGAAUUAAGGAAAAGUGUCGUUGAGAAUGAAAGAUAUGAAAUUGUAAAAAGAACUGAACAAGCAAACACACUUGAGAGUGGAGAUACUGUGAAUGCAAGAUAUGAAAGGUUAAACAUGGCGGGGGAAUCAAAUUCAUAUGAGAAAAUUCAAGCUGAACAUACCAAAUAUGAAAAUUUGCAGAUCAAACGCAUUAAGAAAAAGUGA